UGACAUAAAGAUGCUGGAGGAGGUGUCGACCUGUCUGCCUUCAUCUCCCAAGAGCAUGUGACCCGGGGAACCCCCCAAAGCAACCAUCUGGUCUACGCACACUGCUGCCUGUCGGACCUGGCGCUUCCAUCACAUCCACACCACUCUGAGGCUCUCGCUUCAGCUGAGCUGAGCUCAACGUGUGCAAGCCGAGAGCAUAUCAGGAGGCUCUCAGUCCCGGUAAGAGACAUGCCGACUCCAGGGAGAAGAUCUUCAGACAUGUCUGAGGGUACCCUCAACAGCAACUCCAAUGAUUCGGCCAUUGAGCUCUUCGACCUUUCUCCGGCUUGUGGAGCCGCCAAGAAGCAAGACGAUCAGUGUCGCUCCGUAUCUUCUUACCUUAGUAUGAUCCGACUCAGAAGAUCGCACAAGUCACGGAAAUUCCAUUCGUUGCAGCCUCUGCCUCGGAAAAGGGAUAUGAACAACGCGAAGAGACCUUACUCCCUCGACCUUGCGGCUCAGCCUUCAGGGUCCUCUCAGCAGCGACAUAUCUCCCUCUUCGGAAAAUCUGAGCGGGUUACGCCAGAGAGCAGUCUCGACAACUUGUCCUUCAUCAGUGGGUCAAGUCGGCAGAAUGAGCACAAUGGGUCUGACGCCCACCUACUGGAUCCACACUAUCGACGCACCUCGACCUUGCGCGUCUCCGCGCCCACCACGGCUGUCUCUGAGCACUUUCCCCUCGAUACAGAUCUGCUAUGUGCAGUGAACCAUCGACUGUCGAAGGGCAUCAUCAACGUCGACUGCGAAGCAAUGACACCUGCGGCUAGAAGUAAGCAAGGCAGUGCGGACAAGCUCUUCGAGGAGGCAUUCAGCAAUGCUGUCGUGUGUCUCUCGUCUCGUGACUCGCCAUCAUCACCGGCUAGUGGUAUGGAGCCUACGCAUACGGUCAAUGCCAUCGAGCGCGGAAGGUCCUUGACACAGUCUCAUUCACUGACAAGAGACCGCAGUCAAAGCGGACAAGCGAGGAGGCUGUCGCGAUCUUGGUCGCUGUUGGCAGAUUGUGGCAGUCCACAGGCUCACUUGUCAGACCUAUGCUUCUCUAUGUCACCGGCUUUUGCGGUUUCAUACAGCACAUGCGGCGGUGCAGAUACGAACACCAUCAAGAGCAGCAAGGGCCCUUCGAAGUCAGAAGCUUGCGUCGCGAACGUACCGACGGAGCUGCCAUCGUCCGCUCCUGUGUCAGGUGACGAAUCUAAAACAGGUACAGAUUCGCGCACGAACUCAAGCUGGUCAAUGGACAGCAACUGUUCGAGUGGAGACUGCGAGGGCAUUAGAAGAGCCACUCCUUCUCAACUAAUGACGGACCAGGAGGUUGGCUGCGUUCUUGAAGAGCUCUGCGACCUUGAUGAUCGACCGCUCGGGCACGCCAGAUAUAUCGAGCUGGAUGUCUCACCCUCUUCGGCAGCCACGGCAAGUUCCGGGUACGGAUCAGAAGAGGCUCCUGUGAUAACCCUCAAAUUGCGGACUCGGACCAACACACUCGAGACAUCUGAGACCCCCAAGCGGGCCCUCCCACCCUUGGGUCCUCCUCCGACGGCCGAACUGCCUGCUUUACCAGCAAGCGCGGGCAACACGAAAAGCUACUCCAUCAGCCCAGUAGGCCGACCACCGGCUCGCUCCAGAUCCGUGACUGACAUGCUUUCCCGCAGAGACAGCCCUGUCAUCGGACCUCGCCGUCGUGCGGCGGAGGAAAGGCGCUCUCCACCCGAGUCAAAGUCGGCUUACUUUGCUUCAGCUUGUAAAGAGCAGCAGAGACCUUCGAGCUCGGCAGAGCAGCACUUCCCGUCCACGGCUACCACGCCUACUGGACUGCCUUGCCCACCUCGGCCGCCAAGGGAUCCAAGAAGGCCAUCGACGGGUGCUGAGGGUGCUGAGAGGCCGCGCCUGCUCAGCUCUGCGAGCAGCGCCAGGAGCGACCUGCCAAUGUCUGCAAGAGUGACACCUGGGCUCCAGACUCGGCUAGCUACUCCUGCGAAGAGCCAAGCAGAGACUGGUGCUUCGCUGGCUGUACGAGACAUUGCUGCCCAUUGUUCCCAACCUCACGAGCCGAGAAUUGAUGCAUCAAUGCUCGGCGAACGCGACCCUCAUCAGCUUGCCCGGGAGCGCGAGGCAAGCACUACCGCUGUACACCUUUGGAGAGACAACGUGCUGACGCUGACACCUGCGGCCCCAGUGGACACCACUCAGCGCGUGCACAAGAUCGGUCGUGGUAUCUUGGACCGUGUGCAGAAUCUGGUAGCCCUGAAGACCGGUACCAUCUCGCAAGGCUCUGCCUGUCAACAGCAAGCACCGUCGCAGCAGCAGCGUGAACGCUGGUCACCUGUUUCAGAGAGGACGGCGAUGCUCCUGCUGCGCAAUCGAAGCUUCAGCGAGGGUGAGCAGGUCGGGCCUCCAGCUCCUGCGCCUUUCGAGACGCGCCUCCUUAGCCGAGCUGCCACUACCCAGACGGCCAAGAGGAAUGGUCGACCGGCUACAGCGGGGCGAUGUCGCGAAGCUUCUGAAUGCGAACGUCCCACUUGGGGAGCAGAGAGGGAGGCCCCAAUCGCUGUGGCUCACCGAAACCAGAAGGCACUUCCUCAACGGCCGUCCACGAGCCAUGGUGAGCGCAAGGUAGCAGGCACCAUCAGUAGCACUGUCCGAGGUGCCGCCAUGCCUCCACGUGUGGUCAACAUGCAAAGUGAGGCGAAAGGUGCUGCUGCUUCCAUGAGUGAUACUCCGCCUUUCCUGGCCACAAUUCCUCUUACGAGGAACAAGAGCAUCAAGAAGGAGAAGUCUGUUCCUGAGAACCUCCGCAGCGCGCUAGGAAGGAGCAGCAGUACUCGUGGACCAUCCUGCUUAGCUUCCUCCUCUUCUUCCUCUUGGUCUUCUCUUUCAUCCAGACGACUGACCGAGUAGAUUCCUCCUUUGCCCUCUCACCUUGUUCGUCUUGCUCCAGAUCUCGCCUUUGUCUGUAUCAUCGUUCCUCACUUGUUC